AUGGAAUGGUUUCGCUUCAUCCGGGAAAUCAUUUGGCACAAUACCGGGUUCGAUUCAUUGAGGAAACUCACCCCUUUCAUCGAGGAGUAUGAGCCGUGGUUUGAACCGCAGGUCGUGCCAAGCCCGGCGACGAUAGGGAGCAGCGAGGACGACGGGAACGCGAGGACGGAAGAAGAUGAAACAGAGGCUCCGUUGGCCGCUUACCCCAAGGCCAAGUACUACUCAGUUUCCGACUACCGCAAACUGUAUCUCUCGGGCACCCUGACGCCAACCGAUGUCGCCGAGGUCCUCUUACCUUUGAUCCGGCGGGACGUCCCCAACCCAACCGAGCAUUCAACAGCAUUCUUCGAAACGCGAGUGGAUAAGGUUCUGGCCGCAGCGAGAGAGUCGACUCAGCGGUACAAAGAGGGCCGCUCCCUCGGGCCACUGGACGGGGUACCCACGGCAGUCAAGGACGAAUACGAUAUCGAGGGCUACCGCACCUCCCUCGGCUCGCGGAACACCUACUACUCCCCAGACGAGGAUCACGGCACAUCGUGGUGCGUUGAGAAACUGGAAGCUGCGGGCGCCAUCAACCUCGGCAAGUUGUCAAUGCACGAGUUCGGCCUCGACACCACGGGCAACAACCCAAUCCACGGCACACCUCGCAACCCGCACAACCGCCACUAUUACACCGGAGGUUCCUCUUCGGGCACCGCUUACGCCGUCAGCGCGGGCCUGAUCCCCAUCGGCCUAGGCAGCGACGGCGGAGGCAGCAUCCGCAUCCCGUCCAGCCUCUGUGGCGUCUUCGGCCUCAAGCCGACCCACGGCCGCCUGUCCUUCCGCCCCGGUCCCAACGUCUGCAUAACCUGCGCCUGCCUGGGCCCCAUCGCCGCCGACAUCUCCUCCCUCGCCGCCGUCUUCUCCGUCAUCUCCGCACCGCACUCCUCCUCCCCCUUUCCCCCGCUCCCAACCCCGCUCUCCCUUGGCACCCCUCGCCCCAACGACCCCAAAAUCCUCGGCAUCCCCCAAGCCUGGAUCGCGCGCUCCACCCCGACCAUCCAAGCCCUCUGCAACCGCCUCAUCCGCCAGCUCGUCACCACGCACGGCUACACCACCGUCGACAUCACCAUCCCCUUCCUGCGCGAGGGGCAGCUCGCGCACGCCCUGACCGUGCUCACCGACGCCGCGACCCUGCUCCCCAACCCGCGCGGGCUCACCGCCGCCAACCGCGUCCUGCUCGCGCUGGGGCGCGUCACCCCCGCGACCGACUACCUGCUCGCGCAGAAACUGCGCCGCCUGCUGAUGCAGCACCUGGCGUGGCUGUGGCAGCAGCACCCGGGCAUGUUGAUCGUCACGCCGACGACGGCGUGCGAAGGGCUGCCGAUCGUGGAUGAGCGCGCGGAGAUGCGCUGGGGGGUCAAUGAUGGCGAUCGCACGAUGCAGAGCAUGGAGUAUGUGUGGAUGGCGAACUUUUGUGGCCUGCCGAGUCUGAGCGCGCCGGCGGGGUUUGUGCCGGGCCGGGGCGGGACGCCGGAUGUGCCGGUUGGGGUGAUGGCGAUGGGGGAGUGGUGCGCUGAGGAGCAGCUGUUGAGGUUUGGGAGGGUGUUGGAGGAGGUUGGGGCGGAGAGACGGAGGCGGCCGGGAGUGUGGGUGGAUGUGGUUGAGGAGGCCUUCUUUCUAGCUUGCCUUGUUUGUCGGGGACUCGAACUCGUCACCCCGCGCAUGUUCCCUGAGCCUGCCUACAGCCACCAUCAAGUAAUACACCAGAAAUCCACCCAGAAGUCGUGCCAUGGCCGACAUUGCAACCAUAACCGGCACCAGCAAAUGGGUUGGAUGGCUGCGCUCCGCUUUUAUUGGUUGCCGAGAUGGAGGGAUUAUGCAGAGGAGCAGGCCAGCGCCUACACAAAGGGGGUUGCUGGCUUGUGUGAAGCUGCCCUCAAAGUGUGCUCCAGACGAAAGAGGUGGCAAUUGCCCCUGAACAUGGUUGCGAGGUGGGGCCGAAGCCCCAGACAUUGA